AGAGCGAGGCAGGGAGGCGGCGGGUGCGGGCGCUCCGCGGCUGCGCGGCGCGUGCUGGCGGCGGCUCGGUCCCGGCCCGCGCCCGCCGGGUCCCCGCUGCGGCCGGAGCGGCCUGGCUGUGGGAUCCGUGCGCAGCGAUGGCGGGGCAAUCCCUGCGGCGCUCGGCCUGGGUACCACUGCUCUUGAGGCUGCUGCUGGCGGGGAUCGCUGCCUGCGAAGCCAGUCCGGCGGACGACGGCGCGGGCCCGGGGGGCCGGGGACCCCGGGGACGCGCGCGAGGGGACGCGGGCGCCGACGAGGCAGUGCCGCGCCACGACUCCUCCUACGGCACCUUCGCCGGCGAGUUCUAUGACCUGCGCUACCUGUCAGAGGAGGGAUACCCUUUUCCCACUGCUCCUCCUGUGGACCCAUUUGCCAAAAUCAAGGUGGAAGACUGCGGAAGGACUAAGGGAUGCUUCAGGUAUGGAAAGCCAGGCUGUAAUGCAGAAACCUGCGACUACUUCCUCAGCUACCGGAUGAUAGGCGCCGAUGUGGAGUUUGAGCUGAGUGCAGACACAGAUGGUUGGGUUGCCGUUGGAUUCUCUUCAGACAAAAAGAUGGGUGGUGAUGAUGUCAUGGCCUGCGUCCAUGAUGACAAUGGCAGAGUCCGAAUACAGCACUUCUAUAACGUGGGGCAGUGGGCAAAGGAGGUUCAGAGAAAUCCUGCCCGAGACGAAGAAGGAGUUUUUGAGAACAACCGUGUCACCUGUAGGUUUAAGCGCCCUGUGAAUGUUCCCAGGGAUGAAACAAUUGUGGAUCUGCACUUGAGUUGGUACUACCUGUUUGCCUGGGGUCCGGCCAUUCAGGGCUCCAUCACUCGUCAUGACAUAGACUCUCCGCCGGCCUCAGAGCGCGUUGUCAGUAUUUACAAGUACGAAGACAUUUUCAUGCCGUCGGCUGCCUACCAGACCUUCUCCUCUCCUUUUUGUCUGCUUCUCAUUGUUGCCCUGACCUUCUACCUGCUGAUGGGAACCCCUUAACCUCCGCUGCAAGCCACAGGCUACUGAAGCACCUUCAGUAUGUGUUUUUCCGCCUGUAUAACUUUAGCUUUUAUUAUCUAAAAACAAGUCAUGAUUUCAACAUUUUUUGGGCAAAAAAAAAAAAAAAAAAAAAAGAGCAAGUUUAGUUUCUCUCCUACUCAGACAGGGUUGUCAAGGCAACCCUACUUUCAGGAAGUACUUAAGACAUUUGCAAACACUUCCAGAUACGUUUUCUAUUUGAGCUUUACAAUGUCUGGGCAUUGGCUUCGUAGAACUGCGGGGGCUGUCAUACCGAUUGGGAUUUAAACCCAGACAAAGGGUGCCUUUUGUUGACCCACAUGUCUCACAGCCUUGGCUGACGUGAUCAGAUGACAUACAGGAAGGUAGAGGAAACUAGACGUGGAAAGCGUACCUCAAAGCAGUCUUUACUUUUGAGUCGUACUGCACGAGAGGGUUACUUAGCACGUUGUCGUGGAGGACUUUACGGGACGUCGCGGUGUGUCAUCAGCCUCUUGAGAACAUUUCUGUGGCGCAGAAAUGCUUUUAGAUUGUCACACAGUUGAUGGGGAGUGUGGGGGAGAUUCUAGUGAUAAGCCAGUGGUUUGUCUUUAUCUAAAAUAUAUCCUCAAUUAGUGUGUAGUUAUGAGAAAACAGUUUUAUAUCCCUGCUAGGAAAGAUUAAAAACGUGAAUGUUCCUGAAGAUGUAAAAUUAUUUUAAUGAUAAAAAUAGGAGAAUUCUUAGUAGUUAGAAUUGGCUCUCUUCUGCUACUGUAUUCCACCAGCUAAGGUGUUCGUGGGCGGCCAAUGGUGUUCAGAUCAGCACACACUGAGUAUGAUUAAAUAUCCAUUACAACAGACAAGUCAUCUUAUGGAAACAAGGCAAUUUAACCAUAGGUCAGCAUUUUUAAAGGCUGUAGACACCAGGAGCAAAAAUGGGGCAGGGGACCCUAAGGUAAACUUCCCAAAAGUUUAUGUGAAAAGUGUUCAAUUCCAAGUUUCCUUUUGUCAAAUGAACCAGAUACUCUUUUAGAGGAAAUACCUAAGUUAGCAGCCUUCGGAGAGGAGAGCCUCGGCGGGCGCUUACACUGCUGGGUCGGUCCCAUCAUGGCAUUCCAGAAUUCACUGCUUCCAAGCUGGCUCCCACUUUAUAGGCGAGCAAUAGCAGGUUAUGGUUAAUAAGGUCAUCUCCGAGAUUCACGUCGGUGGUGAAGGUCGCCCCAUGGGAAAGUGUUCGGACUCACCUGGGCUAGAGCCAAAACAAAGUAAGUAUUGCUACUUCCUGCCCACACCACAUUUCAAACUCAAGGUUCUAGUCGGAGGCCCCACCUCAGUACAAUUAUCUUUUCACCAAGCCCUCUGAUCUUUCUUUUGGCUCAAGCAUGGCGGGUACACCAGCUUCUCGGCAUGCGACGCUGGUUGAGAAGCGAAGGUUGGGAGCGUACAGAGACACCUGUGUUGUAAAUAAGAAGCCCGAUAUUUUUAUAUGCCUAUGUGCACAACAGUCGAUCUAUAGCUAGCAGAGCCAGUAGAGACAGACUCCAGUUGCCAGGAGGAGCAGAGCGAGUGGUGUCUCCCUCCCACAUACGUUUCCAAUCAAGUAACUGCUUCCCCGAGUCUUUUGACUUUGGUGACCAGUUUUGUCUAUUUUUUUGCUAGGAACUUUCAGAGUUAUCCUUGCCCUUACAGUAACAUGCAACUUACUCUACUAAGCGUCGGUCUUCUCUGCUUCAGGACUGCCACUUGUCCCAAGUCUGAGGGGCCUGGAGUUCUUCCAGCCUGCUCUCCUCUCUCAGCUGUGCUGUCUUCCUUCCUGUGGAUGAUGACCUCAUGGAAAAGGCUCUAACUUAAACUCUCUCUUCCUCCAGUCCUCUGGACUAGUUUUAGGACGUACUCAAGUGCUCCUGGAUCCCACUGGGCUUCCUCAGCACACAGGUCAAGCUUUAGUGAAAUUGCAGGCUUUGGCUGCUAACCCCUCACGUAGGAGCUAUUUCUCAAUGCUCACCCUUAUGACAGACACUACCUCUUAGGAGGUAUACAUCAAACUGAUGGGCCAAGCUACAAGCCGCCUCGAUGUCGUGAGUUUCUUGGAGCCAGAGGAAUCUCUAUAUAUACUUUACCUGACUAGCUAAUGUUUUUAUGUCCCUCCUUGUGAUCAAACCGUGUCUUCCAAAAACAUACAUGACAGAAUCCUUAGUGAAUGUGUUGGUUUUACCUUUCUGUGGAUAUCAGUUGGAAUUUUCAACAAUAAAUCAUGGGUCCUGGAACAAGAAUUUACAGACUAGGGAUGUAUCACAACAGUUGACCGUCCCGUCAGAGAGCUAGCCACUGAUAGACCUGUUGGAGUUAAAGCCGUGUGAACUCAAACUCCUUUCAUUCUUAUCUAAUGUAAGAGAAAGAUCUUUACCCCCUCCACUCAUUCCCUCUCUUCCAGCAGGGCCUCACAGGCCUCCUCCCAGCCUCCCGACUCCCGGCUGCUGUUAUCUCAAGCCUACGCCACCAGAUCCGACAGUUGGUUUUCCUUUCUAAUAUAAUGUCUGUCCUGAGGGAGACGCCUGUCAGUGCUUUUUGGUAAAAAUGCCCAAGUGAAAUAUGAGUGGCAGAUAAAUGUACACUAGUUUAAUGCACGUAUCUUGCAAGAGGCAGCCUGGGCCAAGGGUGGGGAUAUGACUCCACCUCAUGCAGAGUCUUUCGAGCUUUCACUAAAUAGAACCUGCUAUCCAUUCUCAAGUCAAUGGUGUGCCUUCAACCGUCUCCUAGUACUUUACAGCAAGCAGAGGACUUCUUACAGCUGUAUUUGAGGAAAGGAACACAACUUUUUUUAAAAAAAACUUUUUCUUUUUUAUAUUUAAGGUUUAUUUUAUGCAUGUGAGUGCUCUCUGUGCAUGUACACCUGCGUGUCAGAAAAGGACAUCAGAUCCCGUUUAGAUAGUUGUGAGCCACCAUGUGGUUGCUGGGAAUUGAACUCAGGACCUCUGGAAGAGCAGACUGUGCACUUAACCACUGAGCCAUCUCUCCAGUCCCCACAUUUAACUUUAUUUUUUGCUUAAAAACAUUUUAGUACCCCCCUGUCUCUCUCCCUCCCCCCCUUUCUUUUCAGCACUGGGGACAUACCCAAGGCCUUGUAUACUGAACUACAACCCCAGUUUGUUUUAGGACCAUUAAUGUUUCUCAAACUAAUGUGUAGACUGGACAUGAUUGGAAGAAUGCAUUAGUUAAUUUUUAAACAUGACUUUCUUAAAGGCUUGGUCUAUCUUACGACACGGAACCCCAUAUGCUUUUGUUGUCCCACUAUAGUCAAACACCCAUUCAGAGAACAUUUGGAAGCUGCAUUCAGUUACCUUGGGUUGGUUUUUGCCCUUAAACAAAUGACAAGGUUUGACGCCUGAGGGAUGGAUUUCCGUCCCAGCAGAGUUAUACUUUCUUGCAAUUCAAGUGUGCCGUCUGUAUUCGGGAUUUUAUCUUACGUGGCAUUAGCGCUGAAGUUGAACAGCGUUUUCAGUUCUAGCCCAGGAUCACUUGUAUCUUCUUCUAAAGGGCCAGGUUGUAUAGAUUUUAACCUUGAACUUGUGUCGCAGCUGUUCUACUCUGCCACAGACAGCUCCAAAAGAAACAAGCAUGGCCGCACACUAGUAAAACAACUGAAAUUCGAACUUCAUACACUUUGCAGGUACCAAAAUGAUCUGUUAAGUUUCAAAAAGCGAUUGGAAAAUGUAAAAGAAAAAAUGUUUUUAGUUUACAGGCUGAACAGAAACAGGAAGUAGACUGGGCUGGGCUUGUGGACUCUGGUUUUUCACAGUGGCUUUAGUCAUGGGCAUACUAUUUAUCUGGUCAGUUGUAAACCCUAUCAGCAGUAACUUAUUAGCUAGUGGUAAAACUAUUAAAGUUGAGGAAUAAUUUAUUUAAAAAUGAUUUAUAGUUGGUUUUCUGCUAUAAACAAAUAACAUCGUAGCAUCCUUGUGCAUUCAUGCUAUAAUGUGUCUGCUAGAGUUGGCACGGAAGAGGAAACAGUGAAGAACCCGUCUGGGUAGGCCGCAGCUUUGUUUUGCCUGAGGUUUGACAGUCAUGAACACGUCUCACUGCUGAACUACUCUUUUGGCGAACAUUCCUAUGCUUUAGAGUAAUGUAUUUCCAAGUAGAAAUUUAAAAAAAAUAUCAUUAAGGGCACAGAGUGUUUUAUACAUGUGACGCCUACAUCUCAUACAAUAAAACAAUGCGUGAGAGCCAGCAUACUAGGUCACGUGCUGAGGUGACUGUAGUUAACUAUUGUACAUCCGUACUCUACAAACAACUGCAUAUUUAGUAGACAGGUUGACUAUUUUCAGUGUGUUUAUAUGUAUAUACACUUUGUACAUAUGUGACAGAUGGGAGUGUAUUUAUACAUAAACAUGCACUUGAGUGUAUCCCUGUGAGUGCAUGUGUACACACACACACACACACACACACACACACACACACACACGCACACCACUAAAGGUUAUUGUCAGGGUUAGUUCUUUUUCUGAUCUCUUGUAUACUUUAAAACCCAGAGAUAAAACAUUACGUGUUAAAAGCAUACUUACCUGUGAAUUUUUGGUAAUUUAGUUUAUAGAAAGGAUCCCUAGAUCUUUUAUUAAGCCUUGACUCACAUAUUUAGCAUUAUAUAAAGUAUUAGGAGCAUAUAUGCAUUGUUGCUUAAUUUAACUUUUCUCUAUGAGUAACUGGCAUGUUACGAGGCAGCCUAAACAUGUUUUAAGUUGCAUUAGUUCUCUCGUUCUAUUUCAUUAUUCAGUGAGCAACUUGAGUAGUUUCAUGUUGGAUUUCCUUGUGUCUUUAUUUAACAGAUGACUUGCAUAUAAUUUCCUUUUCCUGAAAAUAGUAGUUAGGGAAAUAAGAGCUUAAAUAUGCCUGGCAAUGGGAAAACAUAUGUAAAUCUAGCCUGGGGGAGGGGGCGUGUUCUAUUUAAGAAUACACCAAUGACUGGGGAAUAUUUUCAGUUUUCUCUCAAAUAUUUGCUAUUAGGUGAGAGUAACCACUCAGUCCGAUUCUUCUGGAAUGUAAUCAUUCUCUCAGUUUGUUGAAUGCUCAGUGGGUGUGGCACUCGCCCAGGUCAUUAGACUCUUUGCUGCUUCAUCGAAUGCCCUGGGCCCUCAGCCCCGGAAGAGAGAAUGCAGCUUCUCCACAUGCCUUAUUCCCCCUGAGGCAUCGACAUGCUGGAACAGUCUGACUCCAAGUACUAAUACAGUUUUUUUGAGACUGUCUACAAAAUACUAUUUUGUUAAAACUAUGCCUUUAAAUAGACACUGAUGGGUUAUAUUUGUUUUAUAAAAAGUUGUAUACCUAAUGUUCAACUGUGGUUGAUUUUGAGAUUAUAUAUAAAUGUAUAUUUAUAAGCCUGUCUUAUGUGGAUUUUUACUCUAAGAAGUGUGGCGCAUUACUAAUAAAGAUAUGGGUUUCUGUUUCUGUAAAGUCAUUGUAGCAACACUCCUAACUGCUACCUGAACGAUGAUUCCACUCACUGGCCACCAUACAUACUUUUAUCUAUAGAAUAUUAAGUUAUACUCAGAAUGUAUUAACCAGGAUGAAACUUUAAGAACGGAAACUCUCAACAUAAUUUGAAAUUCUUCCUGUUGAUGUAAUUAAAACUAGUUUAUAAUUCCUUA